CUCCGCGCUCACUCCGCGCUGUAACAAACGAAGUGCGCGCUUGGACACCUCACAGCUCGCCGGACGCGGCCGCCAUUUCCUCGCCCGGCCUAACGGUUUGGCCAAUCCCCGGGCGCAGCGAGGGAGACGAGCGCUCUGCCAAUCGGAGGCCGGCGGCUGCGACCCUCCGCCCCGGCCCGGCCCAAUCCAGGCCGCGGCCCCGCCGCCCCCCCCGCCCCCGCGGCGCCCUCUCUCCUCCCUCUUUGUGCGUCUCGCGCCGCCGCCGCCCGCCGCGUGAGAGGACGGGUUCCCCGCGCUCCGCGGCCGCGUAGUCGGGUCCCCUCCCCCCCCGGAAGGUUCGCGAAGAAGAAGCCGCCGCAGCGGAAGAGGAGCUGCUGGUGCCGGUCCCCGGGGGCGCCAUGGCGACCGGAGCGAACGCCACGCCGCUGGGUAAGCUGGGCCCCCCCGGCCUCCCUCCGCUUCCCGGGCCCAAAGGGGUCUUUGAGCCGGGGCCUGCGCCCGGGGCGGGGCUGCUGGCGCCCGGGCCGCCGCCGCCCCCGUCCGUGGGCUCCAUGGGCGCCCUGACGGCGGCCUUCCCCUUCGCGGCGCUGCCGCCGCCGCCCCCGCCGCCGCCGCCGCCGCCCCCCCCGCCGCCCCAGCAGCCGCCGCCGCCGCCUCCGCCGCCGUCCCCGGGCACCUCGUACCCGCCGCCGCAGCCGUCCCCCGCGCCGCCGCUUUACCAGCGCGUGUCGCCGUCGCAGCCGCCACCCCAGCCGCCGCGUCAGGACCAGCAGCCGGGCCCGGCCGGCGGCGGAGGAGACUUUCCAAGUAAGAAGCGGAAGCGGAGCCGCUGGAAUCAAGACACAAUGGAACAGAAGACAGUGAUUCCAGGCAUGCCCACAGUUAUCCCCCCUGGACUAACUCGGGAACAGGAAAGAGCUUAUAUAGUGCAACUGCAGAUAGAAGACCUGACUCGUAAACUGCGCACAGGAGACCUGGGCAUCCCCCCUAACCCUGAGGACAGGUCCCCUUCCCCUGAACCCAUCUACAACAGCGAGGGGAAGAGGCUUAAUACUCGAGAGUUCCGUACCCGCAAAAAACUCGAAGAAGAACGACACAACCUUAUCACAGAGAUGGUUGCACUCAAUCCUGAUUUUAAGCCACCUGCAGAUUACAAACCUCCAGCAACACGUGUGAGCGAUAAAGUAAUGAUCCCCCAAGAUGAGUAUCCAGAAAUCAACUUUGUGGGGCUGCUUAUUGGGCCCAGAGGGAACACACUGAAGAACAUUGAGAAAGAGUGCAAUGCUAAGAUCAUGAUCCGGGGAAAAGGGUCUGUGAAAGAAGGAAAGGUUGGACGCAAAGAUGGCCAGAUGUUGCCAGGAGAAGAUGAGCCCCUUCAUGCCCUAGUUACUGCCAAUACAAUGGAGAAUGUCAAAAAGGCAGUAGAACAGAUUCGAAACAUCCUGAAGCAGGGUAUUGAGACUCCAGAGGACCAAAAUGACCUACGGAAGAUGCAGCUUCGAGAGUUGGCUCGCUUGAAUGGCACUCUCAGGGAGGACGAUAACAGGAUCUUAAGACCCUGGCAGAGCUCGGAGACCCGCAGCAUCACCAAUACUACCGUGUGUACCAAGUGUGGAGGGGCUGGUCACAUCGCUUCUGAUUGCAAGUUCCAGAGGCCUGGUGAUCCACAGUCCGCUCAGGAUAAAGCAAGGAUGGAUAAGGAAUAUUUGUCUCUCAUGGCUGAGCUAGGGGAAGCCCCUGUUCCUGCAUCUGUGGGCUCUACCUCUGGGCCUGCCACCACACCCCUGGCUAGUGCACCUCGACCUGCUGCUCCUGCCAAUAACCCGCCUCCUCCGUCUCUCAUGUCCACCACCCAGAGCCGCCCACCCUGGAUGAAUUCUGGACCUUCAGAGAGUCGCCCCUACCAUGGCAUGCAUGGAGGUGGUCCUGGUGGGCCCGGAGGUGGCCCCCAUAGCUUCCCACACCCGUUGCCCAGCCUCACAGGCGGGCAUGGUGGGCAUCCCAUGCAGCACAAUCCAAAUGGACCCCCACCUCCUUGGAUGCAGCCACCGCCACCACCGAUGAACCAGGGCCCCCACCCACCUGGGCACCAUGGCCCUCCUCCAAUGGAUCAGUACCUGGGAAGUACGCCUGUGGGCUCUGGGGUCUAUCGCCUGCAUCAAGGAAAAGGUAUGAUGCCCCCGCCGCCUAUGGGCAUGAUGCCGCCGCCGCCGCCGCCUCCCAGUGGGCAGCCCCCGCCCCCUCCCUCUGGUCCUCUUCCCCCAUGGCAGCAACAGCAGCAGCAGCCUCCGCCACCCCCUCCGCCCAGCAGCAGUAUGGCUUCCAGUACCCCCUUGCCAUGGCAGCAAAAUACGACGACUACCACCACGAGCGCUGGCACAGGGUCCAUCCCGCCAUGGCAACAGCAGCAGGCGGCUGCCGCAGCUUCUCCAGGAGCCCCUCAGAUGCAAGGCAACCCCACUAUGGUGCCCCUGCCCCCCGGGGUCCAGCCGCCUCUGCCGCCCGGGGCCCCUCCCCCUCCGCCGCCUCCACCACCUGGUUCCGCCGGCAUGAUGAUCCCUCCCCGCAGCGGCGAUGGCCCGAGCCAUGAGAGUGAGGACUUUCCGCGCCCAUUGGUGACCCUUCCAGGCAGACAGCCUCAGCAGCGCCCCUGGUGGACAGGAUGGUUCGGCAAAGCAGCCUGAGUUAUUUUUGUGGACGGAAUCGGAACACGCUGGCUCCAUAUCGUGACCUUUUUAUUAAUUUUUUUCUUUUUCCUUUUUUUUCUGUUACUUUCUUAUCUCUUCCUUUCUUCAGACUCCGUCCAAGGAGAUGCUCUCCCCGGUCUUCUGCUGCAAUUAGAAUUCUUUCCCUUGUCUCCGUUCCUCCAUCCCUUGCUAAGGAAAGGGGAGUAAAUGGCUCUAGGCACGGGCUUUGGCCAUUCAUGUCAGGCGGGGGAGAGGGGGUAGAAGGCUGUCCUUUGGUUAAGUUGUUCAAGGUGCCAUAGCCACCCCCAGAGAUGUUUUGUCUUUUUCUUAAGUGUGCAGUUUGUUGCCACAAUUGUCAAGUCUUGUGAAAUGUGAAGUUGCUGAGGGUGGGUUAAUCUCCAGGCCCAGGACCCACAUCCCCUCUGCACUCCUGCCAGGACUGGGUGGCCCAGCACGCUCGGCUGGCCCUCCGGCCGGCCUGCCUGCCUGCCUGCCUGCUCGCCCGCCUGCUCACUCGCUUGCUCGGAGUCCUUUCCCUGCUCCCGACCAUCUAAGCUGCCUCAGAGGCCAUUUGCUCCUCUCCUUCCUGGAAAGCUUUUUCUGUUUUAUUUUUAUCCCAAAUGUCUAAAUGUUUUGCAGUGUCUAGGGGUUUGAGCCCCCUUGUUCUUCGUUCUGCUUCUUUUGCCCCCUUCCCUCUUCAUGGAGUGAUUAUGUUGACAAUGUGUAGCGCACGUUCUCUUCACUGGUUUAUCUACAGAAAUUUCUCUGGGCUUUUUUUUUUCGGUGUUUGAUUCAAUCAACACUGCGCUAAAGGGGGGGAUGUUCCAUUGAAUAAAAGAGCAGUGUGUUUU